AUCACCCACAAUAAAUUUAAUUAAGUUAACGUUGGGUAAAAGUUCUAAACAAAAGAGUAACAAUCAAUACCCCGUAUAAUCAUUAUCAUUUCAAAGAAAUUUAGUUCCCGUAUAAAGAUGACAGACUGGAACAGAUUUCGAGGGCAGACGUCGCAAUCUCGUCCCGGUCUCUCCGGCACGCGCAACGUGACGCCGCCACCACUCUUAUGGAGCACCGUACCGCCUCGCGCUGUCGUACCGGGGGCCCAAUCGGCGCUUCCGGGUCGCCUCAACUUCGCAGGCGCUAUGCAGCGUCCUCCGCCUCUUGUGCCGGUCAGCAGUGCCACAUGGCCGCUUACACCGACCGCUAUGGCCAUUGACCGCAUCACAUCUCUUGCUAGCCUCAGAGGCAUGAGUCAACAGCGUCAACCCUACUCGGCUGCGAUGCUGCAUUCGCUUCGAAGUCAGAUGUCGCUUGAACCUCCGCGUAAGAUCCGGAAUGUGAUGGGAAAACCGGAAGUGAGGGGGUUGAGGCCGGUUGCGGCACUUGUCGGGACUGCGAGGCCGGCUAGUAUUUUGGGUAGUGCGCCGACGCUUCCUGGGAGGAACAUGUCUGGAGAUGUGGGACUGGGAAGUCAAGCGGUGUACGGAAGAGGAGGAAAUCGGAGGGAGAGUUAUGAGAGUCAGAGAGGCGGGUAUGUUGGUUGGAGAAGGCAGUAUGACAGUCGAAUGUGGAUGAACAGAGAGCCAGAUGCCAUGAGGAAGAUGAGAGAUGGAGGAUCGAGUGGAGGAUCAAACAGCAACCGGUUGAAUAAAGCACAGACGACACCAUUGCUUACAGUUUGUAGUGAUAUGAGACGACAGAUUGGGGUUGUGAGAGAGAGACUUGAUAGUGACGUGACAAGGAAAUCUAGCGACAGAACACAGAGAGGUGGUCAUGCUGCAGGGGGCACGUGUGAAAUUGAUAUGACAAAACACACGUCAACCUCAUUUGAAGACGACAUCAUAUAUCUUGGUCAACAGACAUUGGCCACGCCCACGGUUUAUAGACAUUCGUCAAGUUUGUGUGUGAAAUCAGGUGGACAAGAUCGCGAUCCUCGAUUAUGCAGAAUGACAGUGAGAGAGGAUUACAGACAUGAGAGAAGGCAGCAGGAUGUUGGACAAGCAGUCAGACGUGUGGAAGUUUUGUCAGAUCAAAGACACGAACAAACUAAAGACAAGCCUCAAUCUCUGAUUGAAUGUGACAAAGAGACGUCCGUGUUGACAUCAACGAGAAAUCGUGAUGAAUUGGAUUUGUUGGGGAACAAGGAGGAGCAAACCAGAGAGGAAGAUGUUGUUCUUAUCACAGAGUUAGAGAAGAAAAACAAAGAAACUGUUGUCACUCCAGCCAGCACGUCUACACAUGAUAAGACAGAAGAGAGUGAAUACUCAAUGGGAGAGUUUUUAUCAUCGACUUGUAAUCAGGAAAUCGCACGUGUUGAAGAGAAUAAGAGACAACACAUAGAUGACAGCAGAGCAGAAACAGUAAUACAAGAAGCUAACAGGAGAACAAGUGAUGAUGUGAUUGAAGGUACGGAUAUUGAUAGAGAGCAGAAAGCGAUAGCAUCAGGUGACGACGAGUACGAAGAUUGUGAGGACUUGGAGUUGAAGAAGCAACUCUUACAGCAAGAAUUACAGAAGCUUGAUGAACAAGAAGCUGCCGCAGACAGCCAACAAUCAGACACUUGGCAUAGACAAAAGUCGAGAAAAUCGUCAGCGAGAAGGAUAAGUGAUUAUCAGCGCUCACGUUCAGUACCAACACGACGAACUCUCAGCAACAGAAGACGCAAGAAACCUCGUUCUAAAUCAAGGACAUCCGUAACAUCAACAUCAAAUGAGACUUUUGCAGAUCAACAGUACAUGAGAGAGCGACUUGAAAGGGACGUUGCUGCAUUCCUUGAGACAGGGACGUUGUGUAUGGACAACACAACAGUAACAAGAGACACGGAUAUGAGCACACAAGGCGGCAACGGAGGAGAUGACGAAGAAGAAAGGCUUCGUCAACAACUGUUAAAGUCAAUGCAAGAAAGCAAUGGAGAGGACGAAGAAGAGCGUUUGCGACAGCAACUCUUGAAGUCUGUACAAACAGUGAGUCAAAAAACAGUAAACCAAACGAGUGGAUCAACCCACAAUGUGCCAAACAAAUCAACACAAACUCCUUCAUCUGAUCUAAAGCAGACUUUAAAGCAGCCGGCAGAGACACAAUCUGCAGUGACAACAAAGACGACAACAACAGCUUUAGUGUCUAAACCGGAAGUGAAGUCUGUAACUGAACCUCGGACAACAGUUUCCAAGCUACAAGCAUCACCAAUAGUCAAGUCACAAAGUAAACAAGGUAGUUCAAAACCACGGUUUUUACAUGGACAAACAAAGAGACAGACAACACAGAAAAUAAAUCGAAAGAAUACGACUCUGAAGGCGAGCAUGGUCCCAAAGAAAGGUGACUUUAUCAUUGAAGUGAGCGCGAACGACGACUCAGACUCAGACGUCCACGUGGAAGAAGUCGAGCAUUUGCAACAGAAAGAAGCCGAAAAGUUGGCCAUGAUGAAAUUCGUGGGGAUGAGCCUCGAAGAGAAGCUCAAAGAGUUGAGAAAGGUGUCAGACCGGAGCAUCACUCCAGUAGCAAAGUCGGCUAGAAAGUCAGCCACAACGACCACGCCUGACAGCAUUGCUCACUUGCCGAAGGACAAACUGGAGGAAUACAAGAAACUGAGGAUUGAAAUUCUUCACCGAGAAAGGAAGAGGAAGCAGCAAGAUCAAACGAAAUCGAUCAGUAAGAAAUCGAAAGUCGGUGCUAAUAGAAAUCAACAAGCAUCGAGUAACGUGUCAAGCCUCAGACGACAGACUGGAGCUCAGAAUUUUAUGUUUAGAAAAGUGGGAGGAGGCAGGAGGGUGAGUGUGGGGAAAGGUGAGGUUGUGAAAGUGCAGAAAGGGGGGAGUAGGGUGAGUAGUCGGAUGAUGCGUGAGAUGGAGGUGGCUGCAUUGUGUACGAGAUUAGUAGCUGAGAACACACUGCUGAGUGGAUCAGUUGAUAAAGUGGUGAAGUUGAGAGAAGAACUGAAAGAUGCUGUAAAUCACAUGAAGAAAGGUCUUGUCAAUGUUAAGGCACUGCGAGUCUCUGUGGAUAAGCCGUUGAAGGAAGAACAACGUGAGACAAUUGCGAGAGUUGAAGUGAAUGUUAGAAGGGGUGGACAAGUGAUGACAUCAUUGAAAGAUUGGGCAGUAGGACUGCAGGUAUCAGAUAGCUCAGAAACAGAUGCUACAACAGAAAAUCGAUCGUUAGUCAAGCCAGCAAUGUUGAGGAAGUUGAAGGAAACCAUUAGUCCUCUAGACAUCUCAUCUGUUAUUGACAAAGUCAUCACUUCAUUGGCAACUCACAAUCCCUUGACUUUACCAUCAGACAAACAACGUAUCUCAACAAAAUUAAAGAAAUCCAUCACACAACAUUUGUUUACACAAUCAAACCGACCAACAGAUGGUGACGUGUCCAUCUCAACAAGCAAACAGUUUGUCACAUAUGAAAGUCCUCUGACUGUGUUCAGAUCAUACAGGCUCAGUCCGUAUUUCUCUCAACAGCAACAAGUUGAUUACUCGUCUGCCGUCUUCGCUAGACGAUGGGACAGCCAUCGGACAUUGUGUCAGUUUGAUUUGAAUGGGAAGUGCAACGACGAGACGUGCAAAUGGCUUCAUUUACAGUCUACUGAACUGUCGGAGGAGGAAAGUCUCGUGCAGCUGCUUGACUUUGCUCCCAGCAUGGCAGGAGUGACGAAGGAAGACAGCACUAAAGAGAGAAGAUCAAAAAUGGCUAAGUUUGUUCAAGCGUUCUGUGGCCACUACAAUCAGAACCAAUCGAGCGGCAAAGAUCAACCAAAGGGACUUCAUAAGACGAUGUCUGUGAAAGUCAGCAAACAUCUCAAACAACAGCAUCCAUUUCAUGUUUGUCUUCAAAGUGCUGGACAAGAUGGCAGCAAGGAUGAGUCGUACAGCUCCAUGGUGUCGCUGUUGGCUGUAAAGCCUGUACAUCAAGUGAUGGAAGUAGCCAACAAAUUGCCACAAGAAACAAGUCAUGAUGAUCGGUAUUUUGGCAACAUCGACUCAGCAGCCGAGGAGAUCAAACGUUUGUUACAAAACAAUCCAAGUAACAGUGCUAUGUGGAUACAGUUGGCAGACAUGAAGAUGAAACAACACAAGAGUGUUGACCAAGGUCUUCACAUCUUGUCCAAAGCUCUUGAGAGCAAUCGCUCAUCAGAACCCAUCUGGCUGCAUUACCUUCACGUCUACAGUCAGAGAGAUCAGACAUCAGAGCUCUCACGCAUCUCACAGAAAGCAACCAAGUUUUGCCCGACGUUUCCCGUUUACUGGUGCUGCCUGCAGAACACAGAAACAUAUGAAGGAAGAAUGUCAGUCAUCAGGGACGUCUAUCACUUCCUGAAAGGGUUGGAUGGUGUUGAUGCCACACAUUCACAUCGGAUCCUGGAGACAGUAAUGUAUGAAGCUCAAGUGAAUGUAUUAACUGGGAGAGUGGACGAUGCGAAGAAGACGCUUGUUGAUCGCUUGAAGGAGUUUGAUCGGUCAAUGAUGGUUAUUGCUGAUUUUUGUGUUGGAUGGCUUGCAUACGUACACGUUGCAGCGUUUAGUGUAUUGCCAUCCGUCAUGUUUGAUUCCAUCUCUGAUAACCCAUCCAAGAUUGCAAACAAGGAGAUGUUUGUGAUUCCUUGGAGUCGGUCGAAAACCUGGAAGUUGUGCUAUGCAUCACUUGUCAAGGAUUUAUGUUAUGCUAUUGAGGUUUGCAAGAAUGGGAAUAUGGUAGGCGACGAUUGGAAGGGCUGUGUUGGUCUCUAUAUGAAUCUUAUUGGACUGCACAUUGCUGCUGACAAGAAUGAUGCAGCAGUUGAGGUUGCUCAGCAGCUUCUCAAUUCAUUACCAAACAUUGCAGAUUCCUGGCUAUGUGUUGCUAAAAUGUGGUGUGACAUGAAUUCUCCUACCAAAGCAAUGGAGACGUACAACAGUUCAAUCGUUUCUUGUCCAUUUUCUCCUGUCCUUUAUCAUGCUUUGGUGCAGUUGCAACUACAGCAGGGUGAGAAGGAGAAAGCAGUUGAGUUGCUUACUACAUGUAUUUGCAGUUGCUUUGUGGACGUGCCAUCACAAUCACUGUCACCACAGUUGCUUUACAGAUUUGCUCUCCACCUUCCUGUACCUUACAAUAUUGAUUGGCCACAAAUGAAAAUCACGUUAACUGAAGAAGAAGCCGUUUACCUUGCUUUAAACUAUUGCUCAUUGGUCGAACUGAACAAUGAGAAUGUAAGUGAAGCAUUCAACUCUGUUAUUGCCUCGUUGACUAGCAGAUCAGCUCUGAAGACAAUCUGGAAAGAAUGCAUCUGCUGGCAUUGGAAGAAAGCACUAGAUGAAGGCUCGGAUGACAUGAAGUCAUUCUGUGAUUCGGCCACAAUGUGUCUCUCAACAUUGCCCAUCGAGUGUUCUUAUCCUCACAGUUGUGUCGACUACUGGUUGGACUACAGUCUACACAAUCAGGUUAUUGAGAUGCUGAUGAGUUGUAUGGAGCCAGCCGAUCGGCUGCUGUAUCUUGAACAACAGUGUAGCAUUUCGUCAAACAUCGAAUUGAUAGCGAGGUUGUGUGAUGUUGAGCAUGAGAUUCAUCCGACUUCGAUGGCAUCGUCUCAGUCGUGUCUUGCUGCGGCUUUACAGACUCACCCGACUUCAUUGAGAUUAUGGACAAUUGCCAUUGCUAUUGAAUGUGCUAAAGGAAAAGUCAGAGAGGCUCGCUGGAUGUACAAAGAAGCUUUGAAAUCGAUUCCUUUAUCAUCGACUCUCUGGACUCAGUAUCUCAAAUUUGAAGCAAGUCAAGUGGACACGGAUAAUGCAGACAAGCAGGAACUUUCACUUUUAUCCAAUCUAGUCGGCCGUGCCAAGGAUGUAGGUGUUGUAUUAGAUGGAAUAGCGACGGUGUCGACUACCUCGUGAAGAUGUUAAGCAUCUGUUUAUCUUUUUGUGCUUUUUCUUUUUCUUUGGGGUUAGGGAUGAGGGUCCCAGCUGUUUCUAUUGUUUUCUAUUUUAUUACGUAUCACCCUGUUGUUGAUCUGCGAUGGAGAGAGAGGAACACAAACGGACACUUGAAUGAAUGAACUGUCGUCAUUAGAAGAAGAGACUGGGAGGAGGAGAGAGCUUCAAUAUGGAGAUAUAGACUGUAACUGAUAGAAGGUGUACUUGCGUUAGAACAUAAGUAAUCUUAGUUUUGUAAUGCUGUAUAGUAGAGUGUGUAGUCUACAGAGACCAUAUAGUGUGUUGAAGAUGAAGUAGCAAGCUCAAAUAUAUAAAUAAUAUAGAA